AUGAAGUACGAUACAGGGAUAUAUUGGGUGUGCCGAAGUGGAGCAAGAACUCCGCUACAUUCGAACGGUCCGACAAACCGAUCACUAGAGUACCCAAUGGGAUGGGAUUGGACCCCAAGCGCUCGGAUGCGGUGGUAUUGGGUGCUUGCUUGUUUGGUGGCACUUCUGAGGACAUCCGUGGGUGCCGGCGGCCGGGCUGAUAACCGUGACGAGGAUAAAGUUACCAUCCACACAAGGGAGUGGGCCAACGCCACCGGUAGGGGAACCCUUCCAGCAAUAUCAAGGCAUGCGUCUUGCGCCGAUAUUGUUGCUUGGUUGCCUCCCCAAUCACAACCGGCGGUGGUGUUCCAGGUUGUGUCCGCAGCUUAUGUCAGCGUGCAAACGAAUUUUAUUUCGAACAUGGAGCUGCAUUCGACGUUCUCCCGAGAAAACAUGUACCUCAUUUGUCUAGACGAGGAAUCUGUAGAGAUUUUCGGGGCUCUGGGGAUACGUUGCGUUCGCUUUGGCUGCAUGGGUUGCCCAGUGUCACGCCACCACAUAUGGGCGUUGAGGAUUGAAGUCAGCGUAUGUCUUUUGAAAGCUGGCAUAGACGUUUUGAUGUCGGACGCCGACGCAGUUUGGCUCCUCGACCCGAUGGAUGACUUCGACUCUGAUGAUUAUAGAGAUAGCAGCAUUGUCGCUUCGAGGGGUGCAAUGCCGGUUCCCUUGUUCCGCACGUGGGGGGCGACUAUAUGUAUGGGCUUUGUCUUGUUCCGCGCUGGGAGCAACGCAAUUUAUGAAUUCAUGGAGGUCGUGGGAGAGUUCACGGAAGAAUUGGAGAAUGAUCAACAGGCGGUGAAUCUAGCGUUGCAAAAGCUCGACGUCGUCUGGGACCCAACGAGUGAUAUGAGUUUCUCCGACAGCACGCGGCCAGGUGUGGGGGUGGUAACUAGCAUUACUAGUGGGGAAUCGUUGAUAGUGUCUCUUCUACCGCACAACAAGUACACACGAAGCUGCCGGCGAACACCAAUUUGCAUCGAGACUGUUGUGGCCCACUGCAUCAGCACUGACAAAGGAAAAGGGAUGGCGACAUGGAUGAAGGAGGCACACCUGUGGAACGUUCCAGACGACAACGACAGCAACUGAUGGGGCUCCGAGGUUAUGACGCGAAAGCCAUCAACCAUUUGGGUAGCGUUGAGACAAGAAACCUCGCUUUCAGAGUUGUAUCGCAAGUCGACCAGCGCUUUGCAAGAGUUUGGAGACAACUGUUGGAUUGUCAGAGAGCAAUAAACUUCGUUGUUUGCUGUUGUAGCGAAUCUCACGGAUUGAGUUCAGUGGACACGACUGAGUUGGUGUAGAAAUACCGACGUCGGUAGCACGGGUGUUGGUGACGCCGAAAGCCGGACGAAAGGCACGGGAGGAGAAAAUAUAUUAUCUGCCGAGGACGGAGUACCGACUAUACAUAGCUCC